CCAAAAGCACAUGACACAGAAAGGAUCAGUCUGGAGGUUUUAGGGCUGUACCCACCCACGGAGGGCUGGAGAAGACACAGGAGUGAUACAGUCAGAAAUCUGGGAACGAAUACAAAAUCCCCUGACACGGUGGUCAAGCUUUAUUUUUCUGGUGCACUUUUGAAAGGCUGUAUUAAAAUAGUGAGCAUCAUCUUAUUUAUUUAUUUAUUUUUGCUGUUGGGAACCUCAGUAAACAGCCCCCUUUCCAAACCCAGAGAAGAAUAGUGCUCAAAUUGUUUUAUGAGUCUUUUUCGUCCUGAAUAAUUUUCCCCCACCUCAGUAGAAAAAUUCCAGCAGUUGUGCCAUCUUUUCUUUUUCUUUUUACUUUUUUUCCUGAGAAAGAAAAGAACACAGUCUAUUAUGGAAAGGAUGGGGGAGCCUCAAGCCAAAUGGUCGUAGCACCAACCGGUCCUGCCUGGGAAAUCAAAACAAUCACGCUCCAUUUGGAGGCUCCACAGGGGCGCUGGCUGCUAGGUCCCAGGCUUGCCCGAGCCAAGACUGGAGGUGACGGUACCUGCAGAUGGGACAUAGAUGGAUGAGGCUUGGUUCCACUGGCUCUGGGGGUUAAAAAUCUUCAGGAAUUUUCUACCUUAGGCUGUUAUGAUCUUCCUGGAGGGAAGGGUCCCAGAUGAACUUGCUUUUCAGUCUGGCUUGGGUCCAAGAUCUGCAAGUUCCUUCCAGGCUAGACUUUGCUUAGGUGGAAGGAUCUGGAGAGAGGAGAGAGAGGAGACAGAGGCCUCUACACUGGGACGAGGGCCUCCAAGAUGCUUUUAUUUUGGAGUCUAAUAGUGCCCCCUCCCUGGAAUUGCCCUUUCCCAGAGUUGGGUGGGGGGAGGUAAGUAGAAAUUGUAGGAAAGGUCAGGGGCUGGUGUACGAGCAGGAGGGAAGGAAGCCAUGGUCCGCGAAGCAAUGGUAUCCUAUUCCCAAGCAUUCCCCAAAGGAGUACAAUCCUUUAAAAAAAAAAUCAAAAUGAAAAUCGGUGUUUUGUUUUAUUUUGUUUUUUCUUUAAAAUUAAAGUUGAAGCAAGAAGCAUCCAUGUCAGGUCAGAUGCUUGGUCCCAGCGUCUGCUGCAGAAAGCCUGGCGAGGAGAGAAGAAAAAAAUCCCUAUUGAUGUCAGUUCCCUUUUUAGUUCCUAAGAUGGAUUCGAGGCCCAGUCCUCUUCUCCCCGUGUGUCUCUUCUCUCGCCCCGCAGGUCAGCCGCUUGGAACAGACCCGGGAGGAGGGGGGCAGAAAGGGGAGGGGGGGUCCGGCGUGUCACGUGACCCCCAGGGGUGCCAAUGUCCGGUCGUGAGGGUAUCAGGCCCUUGCAAGUUGCCACCCACUGCCCGGGCCUCGCCCAGCGAUGCAGAAAGCCACCUACUACGACAACACGGCAGCUGCGCUCUUCGGAGGCUACUCCUCGUAUCCUGGCAGCAAUGGUUUCGGCUACGACGGGCCUCCCCAGCCCCCCUUUCAGGCCGCUACGCACCUGGAGGGUGACUACCAGCGCUCAGCGUGUUCCCUGCAGUCCCUGGGCAAUGCCGCCCCACAUGCCAAGAGCAAGGAGCUCAACGGCAGCUGCAUGAGGCCCGGCCUGGCCCCAGAGCCCCUGCCCGCCCCGCCGGGCUCACCCCCACCCAGCGCCGCACCUACCAGUACCACUAGCAACAGCAAUAACGGGAGCGGGCCCAGCAAAAGCGGCCCCCCCAAGUGCGGUCCCGGCUCCAACUCUACCCUCACCAAACAGAUAUUCCCCUGGAUGAAAGAGUCGAGGCAAACGUCCAAGCUGAAAAACAGCUCCCCCGGCACAGCAGAAGGUUGUGGUGGCGGCGGCGGCGGCGGCGGCGGCAGCGGCGGCGGUAGCAGCGGCGGGGGCGGCAGCGGCGGCGGGGGAGGGGACAAGAGCCCCCCGGGGUCGGCGGCGUCCAAGCGGGCACGGACGGCGUACACAAGCGCGCAGCUGGUGGAGCUGGAGAAAGAGUUCCACUUCAACCGCUACUUGUGCCGGCCGCGCCGCGUGGAGAUGGCCAAUCUGCUGAACCUCAGCGAGCGCCAGAUCAAGAUCUGGUUCCAGAACCGCCGCAUGAAAUACAAGAAAGACCAGAAGGCCAAAGGGCUGGCCUCGUCGUCUGGGGGUCCCUCUCCGGCCGGCAGCCCCCCACAGCCCAUGCAGUCCACCGCCGGCUUCAUGAACGCCUUACACUCCAUGACCCCCAGCUAUGACAGCCCGUCCCCGCCAGCCUUCGGCAAAGGCCACCAGAAUGCCUACGCGCUGCCCUCCAACUACCAGCCCCCUCUCAAGGGUUGCGGCGCCCCGCAGAAGUACCCCCCGACCCCGGCGCCCGAGUACGAGCCCCACGUCCUCCAAGCCAACGGGGGCGCCUACGGGACGCCCACCAUGCAGGGCAGCCCGGUGUACGUGGGCGGGGGUGGCUAUGCGGAUCCGCUGCCGCCCCCUGCCGGCCCCUCCCUCUACGGCCUCAAUCACCUUUCCCACCACCCCUCGGGGAACCUGGACUACAACGGGGCGCCCCCUAUGGCCCCCAGCCAGCAUCACGGACCCUGUGAUCCUCACCCCACCUACACAGACCUCUCCUCUCACCACGCACCACCUCAGGGUAGAAUCCAAGAAGCGCCCAAAUUGACACACCUGUGAUGUGAGGGGCGG